ACCUUAAUAUUACAAAUCUCUAUAUAAGCAUAGGUACGCUGUCAACGUUCUCACCCACUACCUUCUUGUUUUGCUUUCUUCACAGAGCAAGAGAGAAAGAGAGAGCACCACAGAGCAAUCGACACCAUCAAUGGCCACCACUAAAGUUUACAUUGUUUACUAUUCUAUGUACGGACAUGUUGAGAAGCUUGCUGAAGAGAUUAAAAAAGGUGCAGCUUCUGUGGAAGGAGUAGAAGCAAAGCUAUGGCAGGUACCUGAAACACUGUCUGAAGAGGUUCUUGGGAAGAUGGGAGCACCUCCAAGGAGUGAUGUUCCAAUUAUCACACCCAAUGAGUUACCUGAAGCUGAUGGUUUAUUGCUUGGUUUCCCCACAAGAUUUGGAAUGAUGGCUGCUCAAUUCAAAGCAUUCAUGGAUGCAACUGGAGGUCUAUGGCGUACACAGGCACUAGCAGGAAAGCCUGCAGGAAUCUUUUACAGUACUGGUUCUCAAGGAGGUGGACAAGAGACUACUCCGUUGACAUCCAUUACACAGCUGGUUCACCAUGGGAUGAUUUUUGUUCCCAUUGGUUACACAUUUGGUGCUGGGAUGUUUGAGAUGGAGAAUGUGAAGGGUGGAUCCCCUUAUGGUGCAGGUACCUAUGCUGGGGAUGGCUCCAGACAACCAACCGAGUUAGAACUAGCUCAAGCUUUCCAUCAGGGGAAGCACUUUGCUGUGAUUGCAAAGAAGCUCAAGGGAUCUCAGUGAUUUUUAUCCUCGAUACAUCUUCAAUUUAAAGUUUCUUACAUAAGAAAAAAGAGUGUUGCGUGUAAUAUUCAGUUUGAUGUUCCCAUAACGUUGAACAAAAUAAGAUACAUAUUUCAAUAAUGCUGCAUAUUUCAAUACAAAUCUUGUCAAUUA